AUGGACGCCAAGCUGGAGACGUUUGUGGAUCAUGUUGGUGGUUGCGGCCUGUUCCAGGUGUGCUUGUCUACCUGUCUGAUCCUCAUCUGCUUCACCGGCGUCUGGGGGAUGAUGUUCAUGACAUUCGCUCUUUACAACCCGGGCUGGACAUGUGCUGACCUUGAUUCUGGUCAGACGUCCUUACUUUAUCUGAAUGGGACAAACACCUUCAGUUCAGCGUCCACGAAUACAUCAACAUACAAUACGUCUGAGUCCAACACAAGUAGUGUUGAAGAUAUUUGUCUCGCUGCCAGUUCCUGCUCGAACUUCAGAUUCGAUACAGAGUCCUCCACGGUUUUGACAGAAUGGAACCUAAUCUGCGAUCGUGGAUGGGUCAUCCCUGUUAUGGUCUCCGUCCAGAUGGUUGGUGUCACUAUAGGCUCAGUCCUCGGAGGCCAGAUCGGAGAACUGUGUGGUCGUAAAGUGAGCGUGUAUCUAUGGGUGGCCAUUAUUGGUGUGACUAACGUCAUUGCAGUUUUCUCAGUCAGCUGGGAGAUGUUAACAGCUGUCCGCUUUUUUCUAGGAAUCGGAGUGGGUGGGGUUGUGGCUACAAGUCUAGCGUACCCGUUAGAAUUCGCAAAUGGCAAGUGGAGGAUCAUCAUUAGCAGUGUCCCUGCGUGGAACAUCGGCUCUCUUACGUUUGGCGUAUGCCUCUAUCUCCUAAAAGACUGGAGAAAUGUGCAGAUAGCAACUGCAGUAAUGUGUGCCCUAAUUUUCCUGACAGUCUUUUGGGUACCAGAGAGUUUGCGAUGGCUGGCUGUGCAUGGACACACAGAGAAAAGUAUGAAGGUUGCUUUACAAAUAUGCAAGCUUAAUCGAAAACCGAAACCAUCCUUUAGUGAAAUUGAUUUCUCAGGAAGCGAAGGUUGUGAAGAGGACAAAAGACCCAGCCUCGUCAUGCUUUUUCGAAGAGAACUUUUGCAGAAAACUAUACUGACUUGUUCUUGUGCAUUCCUCAUUGCAGUCAUGUACUACACUAUAAGUUUCGGUAUAGGAUCACUAUUCGGCAAUUUUUAUUUGAAUUUUAUACUCUACGCUGUUUUUAUCGUUCCAGUGUUUCCUCUCACUUUUAUAUUAGGGAACAAUUUGGGCAGGCGAAAGGCCACUGUGAUUUUCCUUAUUGUAGCUGGUAUCUUUUCGUUUUCGAUAGCUGUUGUCUCCAUGACCAUGCACAGCUCCACGGGUGCUUACGUCAGCACCUGUCUCGCACUUGCUACGAAUGCUUUCCUGGGACUGGCAUGGAACGUCAUGGUUCCAUUCUUCAUCGAGCUUUUCCCGACAUCAGUGAGAACUCUGAGCUUCGGCCUGAGUUCAGCCGCCUCCCGAGCUGGGGGCAUAGUGGCUCCGUACCUGAUACCUCGUGACAGCGACCACAUGUACAUCUCCUUCCUAGUGAUUGGCGUCAUGUCCGUACUGUGUUGUCUCAUGACGCUUGCUCUGCCCGAGACCAACAAGCAGCCUAUGAGUGACGUCAUGAAGACAGUGCCCUCUGGGGUAACCAUUAAUGCACAGCGAAACAGCGAAGAUUGUGACGAAUCCUUACUAUGAUGACGUACUUUACCCUAGUUUUCAAACAAACACACAAGUUUUUAAAGAUCUAAUUAACAUAUAAUUCAGAUGUUAAGCUUCAUGUAGAAUCUAACCUUUUUAAAAAAUAAAUUAAUAUCCGUAUACUUGAUGGUUUCCACGAUACUACUCAGUUGAAGAACAAAAACAAAUAACAAAAAACAUGGAAUUGAUAUCAUAACUGCUCAUUAAGAAGAUGAUUGAAACAUGAAUAAAGGGACAUUUGCCAGCUUCCUGGUAUCUCGCCUCCCCGUCCAGAGAAAUAAAACCACGGUCUCACCACCUGUUGCGUACGGGAAGCGGAAAAGAGAACUCGAUGGGGGAUCUAUGAAA